AUGUCAAAGAUAUCAAACUUUGAGUCCGGUGUGGAUUCAGUUUCUAAUGUUUUAUAUACAUCGUUUACGGUCAACAAAACAUCAGAUUACACAUCAUUAAUCAAGUUUUACAAUUCCUUAGGCUUCAAGAUCAUCAAAACAUAUUCCAAGGAGGAGUCAUUGACGAGCUCUAUCGAUAUACAAGGUGUCUCGACAGACUCUAGAAAGGAAUGCUGGCUGGAAUCAUUCCCUAUUACCAGGACCGACUCCAACGGUAAGAUUAUUCCAUUCCAAGAAACUAUUGAAUAUAAGUAUCCUCAAUUGACACCUCAGUUGGCAAAGUUGAAUAAGGGUGUUGUUUUGAAAAUCAGGUUGGUUUCUCAUGAUGUUCAUAAAAAUCCUGAGUUACCAGGUAGGUUAAUUAUUUUCACAUCUCAAUUGAAGGAUGUUGCAAAGUUGGUUGAGUCACUAAAUCUUCCUAUUAUCAAGCCAUCCCCAUUAGAGAAGAAUAGGAUCGAAUUUUUUAUUGAAGACCCUGUUGGUAAUUUGGUUGGCUUUACUAAUAAAGUCAACAACAAAACAAUUGAUUCUAAUGAUGAAUUCUUCGCAAGUGAUGAAGAAAUCAAAAAGUUCAAGCAGACUCAAGAAGAAAACCUCAUCAAAAACGCAUCACAAACAAAGAAAAGAAUUGCAGUUUUAACUUCCGGUGGUGAUUCUCAAGGUAUGUGUGCAGCAGUUAGAAGUGUUGUACGUGCUGGUAUUUACCUCGAUUGUGAAGUUUUCGGGUGUUACGAAGGUUACUCGGGUUUGGUUAAAGGUGGUGAGCUUUUAAGGAAACUAGAGUGGAGUGAUGUUAGAGGUUGGUUAUCUCUAGGAGGAACAUUGAUCGGUACUGCGAGAUGUAUGGAAUUUAGAGAAAGAGAAGGCAGAUUACAAGCAGCUAAAAAUAUGAUUAUCAAAGGUAUUGAUGCGUUGGUUGUUUGUGGUGGUGAUGGUUCACUUACUGGUGCUGAUUUAUUUAGAAGUGAGUGGCCUUCAUUGGUUGAAGAGUUAGUCACUAAAAAGAUCCUAACUGACGAACAGGUCAAACCUUAUAGAAACUUAACAAUCGUCGGGUUGGUGGGUUCCAUUGAUAAUGAUAUGGCACUGACUGACAACACGAUUGGUGCGUACUCUUCGUUGGAAAGAAUUUGUGAGAUGGUUGAUUAUAUCGACUCCACUGCUUCAUCACAUUCCAGAGCGUUUGUGGUUGAGGUCAUGGGUAGAAACUGUGGUUGGUUGGCUUUAAUGGCAGGUAUUUGUUGUGGUGCGGACUACUCCUUUUUACCCGAGAGACCUCCAAAUGCAGAAACUUGGAAGGAUGAGUUGAAGGAAAUCUGUCUAAGACAUAGAGGUAAAGGUAGGAGAAAGACUACCGUUAUUGUUGCAGAAGGUGCGAUAGACAACCAACUAAAUAAAAUCACCAGUGAGAAUGUCAAGGAUUGUUUGGUUGAGAUUGGUCUUGACACCAGAAUCACCAAACUAGGUCACGUCCAAAGAGGUGGUACAGCGGUUGCGAUCGAUAGAUUCUUGGCUACCUUACAAGGUGUUGAAGCAAUCAAGGCAGUUUUAGAGAAUACACCUGAGACUCCAUCACCAAUGAUUGGUAUCCAAAACAAUAGAAUUGUUCGUAUACCGUUAGUCGAGGCUGUUAAAACUACUAAGAGUGUUGCAACAGCGAUCAAGGAGAAGAGAUUUGAUGAUGCAAUGUCCUUGAGAGAUUCUACCUUUAAGGAAUUCUACAAGAACUUUCUUUCAAUUUCUCAGGAUGAUGAUGAUAAAAAGUUAUUACCAGUGGAGGAAAGAUUGAAUAUUGGUAUAAUUCAAGUUGGUGCGCCAACAGCAGCUUUGAAUCCAGCAACUAGAGCAAUUGUACUUUACUUAUUAUCCAAGGGACACAAAGCAUAUGGAAUUGAAAAUGGUUUCCAAGGAUUAAUCAGCCAUGGUUCAUUCAGAGAUUUAAGUUGGAUUGACGUUGAAGAAUGGCAUAAUCUUGGUGGAUCAGAGUUGGGUACAAACAGGGUUCUCCCAAAUGAAGACAUUGGAUCCGUUGCAUAUCAAUUACAAGAGAAAAAGAUUGAUGGGUUAAUUGUUAUUGGAGGUUUUGAAGCAUACCAAUCUGUCAAGCAGUUGAAGGAUGCAAGUAAAACCUACCCAAUUUUUAAUAUGCCAAUUGUCUGUUUACCAAGUACAGUAUCAAAUAACGUGCCAGGUACUGAGUAUUCUCUUGGUGUCGAUACUUGUUUGAAUGUGCUAGUCAACUAUUGUGAUGCUGUGAAGCAAAGUGCGUCAUCAUCACGUCGCCGGGUGUUUGUUAUCGAAGUCCAGGGUGGAAAUUGCGGAUACAUUGCAUCAUAUAUUGGAGUUGUUACAGGUGCAUUAGCAGUCUACACUCCAGAGCAUAAUAUCUCAUUGAAGACGAUAGAGGAAGAUUUGGAAUUGUUGGAGAAGACCUUUGCCAAUGACCAUGGUGAUGAGAGAUCUGGACGUAUCUUCAUUCGGAAUGAGAAGGCCAGUGAUGUUUACACCACACAGUUGAUUGCCGAUAUUAUCAUGGAGAACGCACAUGGCAAGUAUGAAAGCCGUACCGCCAUUCCCGGCCAUGUUCAACAGGGUAAGAUACCAUCUAGUUUUGAUAGAACCAGUGCAGUUAGGUUUGCUAUCAAGGCAUGUGAGUUCAUUGAGGAGAAGCACGCAGCAAUUUCCAAGAAGAUCUCCGAAUACAAUUCCGAGCAUUUGAUCCUACCCAACACCUCAGAGAAUUCUAAUGGUGAAGAAGCAAUAGACGGUAAAUUCAAGCAUUUCGAGAAUAAGGAUUUCUUCAAUACGGAGAAGAGAUUACUGUAUGUUUAUCACCACGGUAAGAGGAUUCUAGUUGCAGACGACAACAACGCGGUUGUCUGUGGUAUACAAGGCACCAAUGUUGCAUUCAGAGACAUCAACGACGUUUGGGAGAGCAACACCAAUGUGAAAUUGAGAAAGGGUAACGAGAUUCAUUGGGAUAAGUUAAACCAGGUGGGAGAUAUGUUGAGUGGGAGAUUAAUGAUUCGUGAAAACAAGAACUGA